AUGUCUACCUCUUCCUCUCCUACGCCGCCAGCCGCCUUCUUCCCCAUCACCUUCCUGCCCACCAACGAAAAGCUCAGCCGAGCAAACUUCCCUUCAUGGCGUGCGCAGGUCCUCUCUGCGCUGCGCGGAUCGCAGCUUGCCAGCAUCAUUCACCCGACGGUCGAGGCACCGUCUCCAUAUCUUUCAUCUGAGAAAGAGAAAGAAGACUCGAAGGAGCCACCAAAGCCAAAUCCUGAGUUUGAGGCAUGGAUGGCGAAAGAUCAGAUGGUCUUGAACUAUCUGUUCUCCAACAUGUCCAAGGAAAUUCUUGGACAGGUGAACAACGAAGUCACCGCGGCCGGCGCGUGGGCAGCCAUCGAGAGGCUGUUCGCCUCGCAGUCGCGUGCGCGUGUGAUCUCUACAAGGAUGGCCCUUGCCACUGCUAGCAAGGGUGCGUCCACUAUUGCUGAGUACUAUGGCAAGAUGAAGGGCCUUGCGGACGAGAUGGCAUCCGCAGGCCGGAAGCUGGAGGAUGAGGAACUCGUAUCGUUUAUCCUCAUUGGACUCGACGCAGACUAUGAUCCAGUGGUGACCGCGGUCACCGCCCGUGUUGAGCCGAUCUCCGUCGCGGAGCUCUACGCUCAGCUUGUCAGCCAUGAACAACGCAUGGAGAUACGUGGCGGCGGCGGCGGACAUCAAUCUUCUGCCAAUCUGGCGUCCAGAGGAGGGCGUCACAACAAUGGCGGAUACCGUGGUGGCAGAGGAAGGAACAAUGGCGCCCGUGGUGGAUACAACAACCGCAGCAACAACUACAACAACAACCGUGGUAGUGGAGGCCGUGGUGGAGGCAGACGUGUUCCGUUUCAACCGGGCAUGUUCUGUCAGAUCUGCACCAAGGAAGGCCACUCUGCCUUCGACUGCUUCAAGAGGCAUGAUGCCUCCUACACGCCACCACAGAAGUCGGCAUCUGCAGCUACCUCGUCCCACUAUGGUGUAGACUCCAACUGGUACAUGGACACUGGGGCGACGGACCACAUCACCAGUGAGCUGGACAAGCUCACUGUUCGCGACAAAUACCAUGGAGGUGACCAAGUGCACACAGCCAAUGGUUCAGGGGAUGGUCACUGCGACAACUUGAUGUUCAGAAUGCUUUCCUCCAUGGCCUUCUUGAGGAAGAGGUGUUCAUGCAUCAACCUCCUGGGUAUGAGGAUCCUGCUCGUCCUAACUAUGUCUGCAAACUUGACAAGGCGCUCCGACACCUCUCUUUUCUACUACAACAAGAAUGGGCACAGUAUAUUUGUUCUUGUCUAUGUUGAUGAUAUUAUUGUUGCAAGUUCAUCCUCUCAAGCCACAGAUGCACUAUUAGCUGACUUGCAGGCCGAGUUUGCUCUCAAAGACCUGGGAGAUCUGCAUCUUUUCUUGGGCAUCGAAGUCAAGAGGGGACGUGAUGGAUUGAUUCUCACCCAAGAAAGGUGUAGAAAUUGUGGCAUCUAUGGCCACUGGGCUAAAGAUUGGAAGAGGCCCAAGAAACAAAAGAAAGAGGAGAAGCAGCAAGAGACAAAUGUUGCAGUUGGUGGUGCCGACCACAAUGGAGCUUUGCUCCUAGCAGUGGCCAGCAACAUUACCAUGGAGCCUGUUGAGGUGGUCCAUCUGUCAGGAAAGAAGGUGGUGCCUAUAGAUUGUCCAGAGGGUGUGUGGGUGCUAGACACAGGUGGCAAGGCAUAUUUUCUGCUUGUUGAAGAUGACUAUAGCAGAUACAUGUGGGUGGAGAUGUUGAAGACCAAGAAUGAGGCGCUAGCUUAUUUCAAGAAGGUGAAAAAUAGAGCUGAAAUUGAAUCUAAAAACAAGCUUAAGGCUGUAAGGACUGACAGAGGAGGUGAAUUCAAUUCUACUCAGUUCAGUGUCUUCUGCAAUGAGUUUGGGAUAAAGCAUUACACCACCACUCCCUACUCUCCCCAGUAG